GGUAUAAUAAUAAUAAAAAAAUCAAGACUCGUUUAUUUUUAAGAGCACUGUCUUCUGCCCAGUAAGCACUACUUAACUCACCCUGGGUCGUUAUCACCAGAUCAAGCGGCUUGGAGCUUUACUCUGUACAUACAUCGAAAUAAGAUCUUAUGAUGCGCUAAAAUACCAUUGCAUAUUCAAGAUUGUUUAUUGUCAUUCAAGUGUAAAGGAGAACAAAGUGAUUGUUACUCCAGAUCAGAAGCAGCAUAAAUUAUUCAAUAUAAAAUCCAUCCCAAACCACAAUGUAGAAGUAAUUGUUCAGUACCAUACAGUACUGUGCAAAAAUCUUCAGCACAUUUAUACUGAAUUGAAUUGACUUUAUUUCUUACAUCCUUCACAUACAUGAGUAAAAAUCUUUUAUGUUACGUCUCCAUCUAAAUGUGUAAUGUACAAUUUAUAGUAAUUUGUAAUAAAUAGUAUGUAAGGACGGUCACUAUAGCAUAGAAAUACAAUCGUAUCAGCAUGAAUUAAUCAGUCUGAUGGCCUGGUGGAAGAAGCCGUCCCAGAGCCUGUUGGUCCUGGCUUUUAUGCUGCGGUACCAUUUCCCGGAUGGUAGCAGCUGGAACAGAUUGUGGUUGGGGUGACUUGGGACCCAAUGAUCGUUUGGGCCCUUUCUACACACUGUGUCUGUAAAUGACCUGAAUAGUGGGAAGUUCACAUCUGCAGAUGCACUGGGCUGUCCUCACCACUCUCUACUGUAUAGCUAGGGUACUUAAAAUGUUCGCACAAUACUGUACUUGUCAACGUGGAGCGGAGAGCGAGUUUGUAAAUCUGAUGGGAGCAGAGGAUGCUGAGAAUGGCGAGGGUGAGCGCCAUGAGAGGGGGGUGGGGUCCUGUCGGAGAGCGAGGGCGGGUGGGGGAGGGGGGAGAUCGAUCUUUGGGAGCUUUGCUGCUGCUUGUGCAUGGGGAGGAGCUUUGAGGUUUGAAGUUUAUAUACAUGGACUAACUGUAUGUACAAAAACGACUCUAAGUGCAAGAGUAUCUGAACUUAACGCGACUCCGACAGUGGCUGGUGUGGAUGUAGUAGUGGGAGGGGUGGAGUGGUGGGUGGGUUAAUGGGUGGAGGAGUUCAUCUGCCUGAUGGCUUGGGGGAAGUCACUCUCUGUGAGUUUGGUGGUUCUGACGAGGAUGCUCUUUUCUGAUGGGAGUAGGACAAACAGUCCAUGAGCAGAGUGGGUUGGAUCCUUCAUGAAACUGUUUACCUUCAUCCAGCACCUUCUAUAUAGGGUGACGGGUGGAGAUACAUCAAUACCAAAGGAGGAGUAAGGCGCUCCUUCCCGCAGCUAACCUACAGGUCACCCUUGGGAAAGAUGUAGUAUAACCUGCUUACACACUCUCCCCCCAAAGAUCAGGGUCACAUGAAACCAUGGGAGCAGGUGGUAGAUAGUUGUACGAGUAGCUGGUGCAUAUCACAAGCCCUGGUUAUGCCACCACUGAUGCCAGGCAGACAAUCUCUGAAGAGUAUUGAUAAUGGCUGGGGUCCUCCAUCUUGUAAAGACGCUGCCCAGAAGGCAAACCACUCUGUAGUUAUGUUUAUCAAGAACAAUGAUGGUCAAAGACACUGAUCACUCACGCCAUAUGAUAUGUCACAUAAUUAUGAUGAUGAUUUCUGAGUGCAGGAUGUCCCCCGCUAUCCGAAAGUGCAGUGCUCCUAUGAAACCUUUCGUAAGCCAAAAUGGUGUAAAGCGAAGAAGCAGUUACCAUUAAUUUAUAUGGCAAAAACUUCUGAGUGUUCCCAGAUCCAAAAAUAACCUACCAAAUCAAACCAAAUAACACAUAAAAGCUAAAAUAACACUAACAUAUAGUAAAGGCAGGAAUAAUAUGAUAAAUACACAGCCUAUAUAAAGUAGAAAUAAUGUAUGUACAGUGUAGUUUCACUUAUCAGAAUCGGGAAGAUUUAGCCAAAACCGAUUUGUAGAAAAAAAAAAUCGGCAUGUACACGCAUUUGCGCGCACACCUGCCCGCGCAAGGCUUCACAGUCAUGGUAGUCUUUCUCGGGGUAAACACAAGUUUAAAGCGGGCGCAUUUUUUGUAAAAGCGAAACUCCUCUUCGGAUUUCUUCUGGUUAGUGAAACAGGUACUAAAUGUAGGUCUUUUGUAAAAAUGAAGUGGCAUAAAGCGAACUUUCGUAAAGAGGGGGUCACCAGUAUACAGUAAAUCCUUGAUACACGAUGCCUGCUGCCAGUGAUGUAUUGGGCAGUUUAAACAACUGAUAGAGCCCUCCUGUUCUAUAUGUAGUAUAUAGUAAAUGCACUAUAUAGAACUCAUACUAUAUACCUAGUACUCAGCUAGGUUCCUCUGCAAUUACAGUUGUGCUGGAAAGUGUGUGAACCCUGUAGAAUUUCCUCUAUUUCUGCAUAAAGAUGAUCUAAAAUGUGGUCAGAUCUUCAUUCAAGUCCUAAAAUGAGAUAAAGAAAACAAUUAAAUAAAUAGCACAAAAAUAUUAUACUUGUUCAUUUAUUUAUUGAGAAAAAUGGCCCAAUAUUACAUAUAUCUGUUGGAAAGCACGUGAAUCUCUGGGGUAAUGCCUCCUACAAGAGCUAUUUGGAGUCAGGUGUACUAAUCAAUAAGAUGAGAUUGGAUGCGUGGGUUGUAGAGGUGACCUGCCCUAUAAAAAAAAGCAAAGUCAGGUUACUGACAGAGCCUGCUCUUCCCAAGAAAAAUCUGUUUAUGAUCAAAACAACUUUCAGAAGAAGAAGAAUUGCAGAGAUGCACGAAGCUGGAAAAGGCUUCAAAAGCAUUUCUAAAGACCUGCGUGUUCAUCAGUCCGCAGUAAGAGAGACUGUCUGCACAUGGAGGAAACUCUGUACUGUCACUACUCUCCCUAGGAGUCUGCACCCUGCAGAAUCUCUGGAGCUUGCUAAGUCUCCGUUCAUGGGUCCGUUGUAGGAAAAACACUGAACAAGAAUGGUGUUCAUGGAAGGAAACCACUGCUCUCUUUAAAAAACACUGCAUGACUCAAGUUUGCAAAAGACCACCUGGAUGCUCUACUCGCUUCUGGGACAAUAUUCUGUGGGCAGAUAAGACAAAAGUUGAAUUUUUAAGGCAGAAAUGCAUUUUGCAAUGUCUGGAGGAAAAAGGGCACUGCUCACCAACACCAAAACCUCAUCCCAACUAUGAAGCAUGGUGCAAGGAGCAUAAUGGUUUGGGGCUGCUUUGCUGCCUCAGGGUCUGGACAGCUUGCAAAUGAAUUCAACAUUGUAUCAAGACAUUUUGCAGGAGAAUGCCAGGAUAGGAGUGUGUCAUCUGAAGUUUAAAAGAAGCUGGGUAAUGCAACAAGACAAUGAUCUGAAAGACAUGAGUAAAUGAACAACAGAGUGCUUUAAAAAGAAGAAAAUUUGUGUUUUGGAAUGGCCGAGUCACAGUCCGACCUUAAUCCUAUAAAAAUGUUGUGGAAUGACCUGAAACAAACAGUUCAUACCCACCGACAUCCCAGAGUUGAAGCAGUUUUGUAAGAAGGAAUGGUCUAAAAUUCCUCCAAGUCAAUGUGCAGAACUGAUCAAGUUACCAGAAAUGUUUGGUUGAAGUUAUUGCUGUACAAGGUCACACCAGUUACUGAAAGCAAAGGUUCACAUACUUUUUCCAACACAUGCAUGUAAUAUUGGAUCAUUUUUCUCAAUAAAUGAACAAACAACUGUUAUUUAUUUAAUUGGGCUCUCUUUAUCUGGUUUGUAUGAAGAUCUGAUCAUAUUUUAGAUCAUAUUCAUGCACAAAUACAGAAAAUUCUACAGGGUUCACAAACUUCCUAGCACCACUAAGUUAUUCAUUGCACCUGUGUGUACAUGUAUUUAUGCAGAUGACAAACUUGAUUUUGACUUUGACAGUGUAAACUGGCUGGGUCAAUAGGAAUACUCCCAAUUUAUCCCAGAUGCUACCAUCUUGCUGCUCAGCAAUCAGAAAGGGGCAUCAUUUCUCGAUGGCUUAGUCUGUAACCUUGCUGGUAGGUUUACUAGCAUGAUUCAGGAGGGUUUCAACUAAUUUGGAAGGGGGGUGGGACCCAGAGCGAUAGAGCAGUGAAAGAAGUCCAUGGAGUAAAGCCAGGCUUUGAAGAAAGAGCAGCAGAAUAAAAGGUGUAAAGGUAGUAAGGUAGAAGGGCUAAAGUGUGUGUACUUCAAUGCAAGAAGCAUCAGGAACAAAGGUGAUGAACUGAGAGCUUGGAUACAUACAUGGAAUUAUGAUGUAGUGGCCAUUAUGGAGACCUGGCUGACAACAGGGCAGGAAUGGAUUCUCAAUAUUCCUGGAUUUCAGUGCUUUAAAAGGGAUAGAGGGGGGGAAGAAGGGGAGGAGGGGUGGCAUUACUGGUCAGGGAUACUAUUACAGCUGCAGAAAGGGUGGGUAAUGUAGCAGGAUCCUCUUUUGAGUCAGUAUGGGUGGAAGUCAGGAACAGGAAGGGAGCAGUUACUCUACUGGGGGUAUUCUAAAGGUCCCCUGGUAGCAGUAGAGAUACCAAGGAGCAGGGUGGGAGGCAGAUUUUGGAAAGGUGCAAAAAUAACAGGGUUGUUAUCAUGGGUGACUUUAACUUCCCUAAUAUUGAUUGGCACUUGAUUAGUUCCAAGGGUUUAGAUGGGGCAGAGUUUGUUAAGUGUGUCCAGGAUGGAUUCUUGUCACAGUAUGUUGACAGGCCGACUAGGGGGAAUGCCAUACUAGAUCUAGUAUUAGGUAACGAACUGGAUCAGGUCACAGAUCUGUCAGUGGGUGAGAACCUGGGGGACAGUGACCACCGCUCCCUGACCUUUAGCAUUAUCAUGGAAAAGGAUAGAAUCAGAGAGGACAGGAAAAUUUUUAAUUGGGAAAGGGCAAAUUAUGAGGCUAUAAGGCUAGAACCUGUGGGUGUGAAUUGGGAUGAAGUUUUUGCAGGGAAAUGUGCUAUGGACAUGUGGUCAAUGUUUAAGGAUCUCUUGCAGGAUGUUAGGGAUAAAUUUGUCCCGGUAAGGAAGAUAAAGAAUGGUAGGGUGAUGGAACCAUGGGUGAUAAAUGAAAAUCUAGUCAGGUGGAAGAAGGCAGCAUACAUGAAGUUUAGGAAGCAAGGAUCAGAUGGGUCUAUUGAGGAAUAUAGGGUAGCAAGAAAGGAGCUUAGAAGAGCAAGGGGACAUGAGAAGACCUUGGCGAGUAGGGUAAAGGAAAACCCCAAGGCAUUCUUCAAUUAUGUGAAGAACAAAAGGAUGACAGGAAUGAAGGUAGGACCGAUUAGAGAUAAAAGUGGGAAGAUAUGCAUGGAGGCUGUGGAAGUGAGCGAGGUCCUCAAUGAAUACCUCUCUUCAGUAUUCACCACUGAGAGGGAACUUGAUGACGGUGAGGACAAUAUGAGUGAGGUUGAUGUUCUGGAGCAUGUUGAUAUUAAGGGACAGGAGAUGUUGGAGUUGUUAAAAUACAUUAGGACGAAUAAGUCCCUGGGGCCUGAAUAUUCCCUAGGUUUGUUCAAAAAAGGUAGCAGGGAUAGUCCAGGUAAUUAUAGACCAGUGAGCCUUACGUCUGUGGUGGGAAAGCUGCUGGGAAAGAUUCUUAGAGAUAGGAUCUAUGGGCAUUUAGAGAAUCAUGGUCAGAUCAGGGACAGGCAGCAUGGUGUUGUGAAGGGCAGAUCGUGCCUAACAAGCCUGAGAGUUCUUUGAGGAGGUGACCAGGCACAUAGAUGAGGGUAGUGCAGUGGAUGUGAUCUACAUGGAUUUUAGUAAGGCAUUUGACAAGGUUCCACACGGUAGGCUUAUUCAGAAAGUCAGAAGGCAUGGGAUCCAGGGAAGUUUGGCCAGGUGGAUUCAGAAUUGGCUUGCCUGCAGAAGGCAGAGGGUUGUGGUGGAGAGAGUACAUUCAAAUUGGAGGGUUGUGACUAGUGGUGUCCCACAAGGAUCUGUUCUGGGACCUCUACUUUUUGUGAUUUUUAUUAACGACCUGGAUGUGGGGGUAGAAGGGUGGGUUGGCAAGUUUGCAGACGACACAAAGGUUGGUGGUGUUGUAGACAGUGUAGAGGAUUGUCAAAGAAUGCAGAGAGACAUUGAUAGGAUGCAGAAGUGGGCUGAGAAGUGGCAGAUGGAGUUCAACCCGGAGAAGUGUGAGGUGGUACACUUUGGAAGGACGAACUCCAAGGCAGAGUACAAAGUAAGUGGCAGGAUAUUUGGUAGUGUGGAGGAGCAGAGGCAUCUGGGGGUACAUGUCCACAGAUCCCUGAAAGUUGCCUCACAGGUAGAUAGGGUAGUUAAGAAAGCUUAUAGGGUGUUAGCUUUCAUAAGUCGAGGGAUAGAGUUUAAGAGACAUGAUGUAAUGAUGCAGCUCUAUAAAACUCUAGUUAGGCCACACUUGGAGUACUGUGUACCUAUAGAGUACCUAUUCUGGUCGCCUCAGUAAAGGAAGGAUGUGGAAGCAUUGGAAAGGGUACAGAGGAGAUUUACCAGGAUGCUGCCUGGUUUAGAGAGUAUGGAUUAUGAUCAGAGAUUAAGGGAGCUAGGGCUUUACUCUUUGGAGAGGAGGAGGAUGAGAGAAGACAUGAUAGAGGUGUACAAUAUAUUAAGAGGAAUGGACAGAGUGGACAGCCAGCGCCUCUUCCCCAGGUCACCACUGCUCAGUACAAGAGGACAUGGCUUUAAGGUAAGGGGAGGGAAGUUCAAGGGGUAUAUUAGAGGGAGGUUUUUCACUCAGAGAGUGGUUGGUGUGUGGAAUGCACUGCCUGAGUCAGUGGUGGAGGCGGACACACUAGUGAAGUUUAAAAGACUACUAGGCAGGUAUAUGGAGGAAUUUAAGGUGGGGGGGUUAUAUGGGAGGCAGGGUUUGAGGGUCAGCACAACAUUGUGGGCUGAAGGGCCUGUAAUGUGCUGUACUAUAUAUUCUAUGUUCUAUGUAUGGCAGUUGAACAGCUGCCGCCACGCAGGAGACAGAAGCUGUGGAAUUGAUGAAGAGCCUCAAGGUUUUCUGAAAGACACUGAAGAACUGGAGAGUGAGAUGCAUGAAGGUCCACACAACAUGAAGCAAUGCUAGGAUCGUUGAUGCAUUUCCAGGAAAAUAAUACAAUAGAAUUUAUGAAAAACUGUGCACAAGUCAUGUCCUCUGCAGGAAUUCUCUGAUGGCCAGCAAUAGUUGGGUGUAUAAAGGGAGUUCGGGAGGACAAACACAGGGUCCUGGUGGUGGACUUUGUCAAAUGGUGCAAGCUGAAUCAUCUGCAGCUCAACAUCAGUAAGACAAAGGAGAUGGUGACGGAUUUUAGGAAGACUAAGGCUGCACUGCUUCCUGAUACUAUUGAUGGUGAGGACAUGGAUGUGGUGAGGACCUACAAGUACUGGGGGUGCAUCUGGAUGACAGACUUGAGUGGAGCACCAACACAGGCUGUGUAGAAGAAGGGCCAGAGUUGCCUCUACUUCCUGAGGAGACUGAGGUCCUUUGGAGUAUGCAGGCCUCUCUUUCACAUAUUCUAUGUCUGUUGUCACCAGUACAAUUUUCUAUGCAAUGGCGUGCUAGGGCCAUGGCAUCAACACAGGCGAUGCCAACAGGCUUAAUAAACUGAUGAGAAAGGCUGGCUCUGUUAUAGCAGUCAAACUGGACACACUGGAGGCUGUGGUAGAACAAAGGACCCUCUGGAAAAUCGUGGCAUUUCUGAACAAUGUUUCUUACCCUCUGCAUGCAAUCUUGGCUGAACAGAGGAACACUUUUAGUAAUAGACUUAGGCUACAUCCACACUAGACCGGAUAAUUUUGAAAAUGCCGGUUUCGCGUAAAAACGAGAGGCGUCUGCACUAUACGUUUUUGAAAGUACCGCUAUCCACACUGAAGUGGGAGAUUUUGGCGAAUCUACCGAAAAUAAGCGACAUGUUUGUUGUUAAAUCUCGCCGUAAAAGUGCACGUAUUGUGUAGUUACACACUAGAAAAACUUAAAACGACAGACAGCUGUUGGCUCUCACGCAGGAGAACUUAAAACUAAAAACAAAACAAAUAGUGGAGCGUACGACAGCAACCGACAGGGUGUUCACGGACAGAUUGACCCGGCUGAUGACGAUAAUUGAAAAACUGACUAACUCUGUUGCAUUAUUAAAGCACCUUGUUAAAUGUAUAAAACAUCGCUGCAUCAGUGUUAUCUUGUAUUUCCAUACAAUGUUACAUUAGACUGUUACACAUCUACUGUCAGAGAAGUACUUGCAUAAAUAGGUAAACCACCUUCAUGCGAGCAAGGACAAAAAACAGGGCAAAGUGAGUAUACUUAUUUAUUCAGUAAGUUAUGGGUCAAAGUAUUUGGUGAGUACAUUUCUAACUCUUCUGGCUUCAGUCUUGUUGCUGUCUGUUCUGAAAUUGUUAGGUUGCGUUUAAGAAAACAAUGAAAUGGCGCGCGGCCGUCUUGAGACCAUUUUCAGAAGUCUCCAGUUACCCCAUCCACACUGAUCUGCCCAAGCAGUGUUUUCAAGAAUACCCACCCUGGAAAGCGUUUCUGAAAAGCUCCGGUUUCAGGGGACGUAAAUGCCGUUUUAGUGUGAACGGAGGGUAAAAACGAAGAGAAAAAGCUUCCGUUACUGAUUUAUCCGGCGUAGUGUGGAUGUAGCCUAAGAC